ACAGCAGGGCGGAAGUGCGUGCGGCGCGGCGGGCGUUGCCAUGGAGGAGCUGUGCGCGGCGCUGCAGGGCGGCGUGGCCUUGGCGGCUCCCAACAGCACCGCGGCGCCGCACCCGCGUCUCAGCGCCUAUAAAGGGCGCGGGGACCGGCUGGGGCAGGACGAGCGGCGGAGGCGGCUGCUGUGUCUGCAGAGAGAGAGGCGGCUGGACUACGUGAACCAUGCCCGCAGGUUGGCGGAUGGAGACUGGGCUGGAGUGGAGAGCGAUGGGGAGGAGGAUGGACAGGAGGACAUGGAGGUGGAUGCCGGCAGGAGGCUGCCCAAGCGCUACGCCAACCAGCUGAUGCUCUCGGAGUGGCUGGUCGAUGUCCCCGCGGAUCUGGAGCAGGAGUGGGUUGUGGUGGUGUGUCCUGUUGGGAAGAGGGCGCUGGUGGUGGCCUCCAGGGGUUCCACAGCAGCUUAUACCAAGAGUGGCUUCUGUGUCAACAGGUUCCCAUCCCUGCUGCCAGGGGGAAACAGGCACAAUACGACGAGUGAGAAAGUGUACUGUAUCUUGGACUGCAUCUACAAUGAAGCAGAGCAGACGUACUACAUCCUCGAUGUGAUGUGCUGGAGGGGACACCCUGUUUACGACUGCCAGACCGACUUCAGAUUCUUCUGGCUCUCCUCAAAAAUCCAAGAGGAGGAAGGGCUGGGAGAGAAAAGCAGGAUUAAUCCAUACAAGUUCGUGGGCCUGCAGAACUUCCCCUCUACCUCGGAGAGCCUGUGUGAGGUGCUGACAACAAACUUCCCCUUUGAGGUGGAUGGACUUCUCUUCUACCACAAGCAGACCCACUACACCCCCGGCAGCACCCCGCUGGUGGGCUGGCUGCGGCCAUACAUGGUACCUGACAUCCUGGGGCUCGCUGUGCCCCUCACGCCGCUCACUGCCAAACCAGACUACGCUGGGCGCCAGCUCCAGCAGAUCAUAGAGAGCAAGAAGAGUAAAAAGCUGGCAUCAGGCAAGGCUCAGCUGAGCACCGAGGCAGCUGCUAGGAAUGGACAUUACGAGCUGGAACACUUGUCCACCCCUCAGCCAGCUAAUUCUGCACAGGGCCAAGAGGAAGCAGGGAGUCAGAUGGAGAAUUAGGAGCAUGCUAAAGGUCCUCUGCUUCUCACUGUGACUCACGCUUCCCAAGAGGUGGGCAAAGGUAAUGAUUAUAGGAUAACUUUGUUUAAAGGGCACGAAAAUGGAGUGUGUUGCUCCACGUGCUACUAGGUGUUGGGUUUUUUUUGCCCUUAACAGGGCUCUCUGGCUUGCUGCAGAGGUGAUUCUGCAGUGUGAAGUCAGGCUCAAGCUGCAGGCUCCCGUUUCAGCCCCUGCUGCCUGGCCUGGCUGCCAUGCUCCUGCUGGGAGAGGUGCUCAGGGUGGGAGGCUCAGGCCUGAAGCCUUCUCUAUGGAAGUUAUUUUGCAGUCAAUCUGCUUCUAGUAAGGAAAGUUUGCAGCAGGCUUUGGUAACUCCCCAGGCAGGGCUUUCCAUGCCCACAUGCUACUAAGAAAUGUGAUUUCCUUGCCUUCCAGCCCAGCUCUGUGUGAGCCCACAGCCUGUGUGCUGGGCUGCUCUCUGCAGGGGGGGAGGAAGGAAUGAUUGUGUUCUCCAAAGGUUGCCAUUGAUUGUGCCAAAUAAAAGGCUUCUCAGAAAUACAAAUCCUCCAGCACCUUCCUGCUACCUCAGGGGCAAUGCAGGCUGUGCCUCCCAGCAAGGGAUUAACAGCCUGGUGUGCGGCACUGUGAAGGGUUUGGUUCCUCCCAAUACAUGGAGGAGCUCUGGCCCCUAUGUCUUGCUCCCCUUGCAGGCAGGACCACCGCAUCCCCCUGUGGUUAUUUCACCAAAGAAGAGCCCAUUAUGCCCACUGACCCAGCAUUGUUUUUCACGGGGAGGUUAAGAAGCUGAAGCGAAGCCCCUGGAGACACGGAGCUGGAUUACCAGGCAAAAACGUGGCUCUGGGGCUCUCCUCCCAGUGCCUGCGGAGCAGGGCUGCGCCCAGGAGGAGGAAAGCAGAGCUGGUGCGUGCAGAUAGCGGCAGCACUCGGGUUCUGCCCUCACUCACGCCCUUGUUUUUCUUUCUCCCUUAGAAAACGCUCCGUUUAAUACCACGUACAGGGACUGCUUCCACCGCCUGACCCCGGUGUUGUACCUGCGGGCAGCGGGAGCCGUCAGCGCUGCGGUGGGCGCUCAAUGGGAGCCGGCCCACCCCGCUGUGCUCCGUAUGGAGGAGGAGGCGGCACCCCGGCCCCGGGGCUGGUUCUGCUGCCGGGCAUCCCUCGGGAUGAACCGCAGCUCGGGUUGCAGCCCCGUUCGGCCAUCUGCCGACGUGACGGGCUGCGGGCUCCGCUCGAUGGCCGACAGCACGCUGAUGGUUCCCGUUCCUAAAGCAGCCCCCGGGCCGGAGAGAAAGAAGGGCGAAGAGGAAGCGUGCGUUAGGAGCGGGGCUGUGGGGUGGAGGUCAGCCCCACAACGCUGCCACCGCGCUCGGGGCAGGGGCCGAGCCGCUUCUCUCUGCCCUUUCUUCCAUUUUCUGCGAGUUAGGUGCAAACCCUCCGGCUGCGGGCGAGCUGCCAACGCGCUGCUCCUCGGCCGAACAAAAUGUCCCCGGCUGCGGAGCGCGGACCCCCGGCCCUGGGACGGCCCAACCCUCCCCCCAACCGGGGCGGUGCCACCCAUCCCGAGCGGGUCCGGCUGGUCGCUACCCGGGUGGCAGAGCCCGGGACCGGCAGCCCC